UUAAUGCUAUUGAGACGUUACUCAGCACUAGUUAGAGGCCGAUGCUGAAAAAGGCAUAAGCUAAAAAUUAAAUUUCAUGCGUGUAAUUAAAUUGUAGCCGUAAUGUGCUCAAUUGCAACACUAUAACUGUCCAAGUUGUACGUGCAACUCGCGGCGCUUAAAAUUUAGGGUGCGUGGCCACCGUACAACCGCACACACACAGUAAAAGCGAGUUCCGCCCUCGCUUACCCUUACGCCAAUAAGAGAAAAAAAUCGAUUUUGUGAUAGUGAUAACAGCGCUUACGCUUAAAACAACGCAGAGGCAGGCAAAAAUCGUGGCUUUUCUGCAUAUUUUUUGGGAUUGAAGUGUGCACAUAAUAUCUUCAAAUCAGCGGCAAUAUGAAUUUGGAUUUUACUAAAGUGUGCGGCAAGCACAAUCUCGUCUAUGAGGCGUACUACAAACAGAUUGACCCAAAGGGCACUGGUGCCAUUGAGGCCAUGACGGCUGCUAAGUUCUUGAAAAAGUCAGGCUUGAGCGAUGUGGUGCUCAGCCGCAUAUGGGAUCUAUCCGAUCCGAAUGGCAAGGGCUUUCUGGACAAGCCAGGAUUUUUUGUUGCUCUUAAAUUGGUAUCACUAUCGCAGGCGGGCCAGGUGGCCAAUAUGAACAACAUCUACAUGGAUACGGCGAAUCCACCGAAAGUUGGUGAAAUACCAAAGGCCAUACCUACUCGCAUACAAACAGUGCCAGUUGCUAGUGCAGGUGCCACAAGCGGGGAUUGGACUAUUAGUGUCAUCGAUAGACUCAAGUAUGAGCAACUCUUUGAAUCACUUAGUCCGCAGAACGGCAUGCUUCCGGGUAACAAAGUGAAAGGCGUAUUGAUGGAUUCUAAGCUGCCCAUGAACAUACUGGGCACCAUCUGGGAUCUAGCUGAUCAGGACAAGGAUGGCAAUCUGGAUAAGCACGAGUUUAUUGUGGCAAUGCAUCUUGUUUACCAGACACUCCAGAAACGCACAGUGCCUAGUGUGCUGCCUCCGGAGCUGCGAAAGGCACCCAAACCUGCAAUGCCACCGCCACCAGCAGUUGCUGCUGGAGUUAAUGCUCCUAUGCCACGUGCGCCCAGUGGAGAGGGUUUUGGCGAUGGAGGCUUCGUAGCCAAUUUUCCCAAAGAUAUUGCACCGCCGGCAGCUAUACCACCAUUGCCCGUUGCUGUGCCGCCCAUGACACGCAUUCCACCGGUCGGUGCCGUGAGCGCACAGCCACUGAUACAAACUGAUCCACUGAUACCCAUUGGAGCACCACCGUCGGUGACGGCCAACGCUGAUUGGGUGGUCAGCGCAGUCGAAUUAUUACGAUUCGAGGAAAUAUUCCGACAAUCCGAUUUGGACAAGGAUGGCUUGGUUUCUGGUCUCGAAGUGAAAGAUAUAUUCAUUAAAUCGGGUAUACCACAACGCAGUCUCGCAGAUAUUUGGGCACUUUGCGACACAAAUCAAUCGGGCAAGCUGACCGUGGAACAAUUCGCUUUAGCCAUGUGGCUAGUGGAGCGAAAACAACGUGGCGUAGAUCCGCCACAGGUACUAACAGCUAACAUGGUGCCGCCGUCUAUGCGUUCAAUAGUGUCUGGUGUAGAAGUGCAGCCGCAGGAGACAAAGCCGACAUACUCAAACCCCGAGUUGGAGAUGAUAUCCAAAGAGAUCGAAGAACUGGCACGCGAGCGACGUGCCCUAGAAACAGAAAUAGCACAAAAGGAGGCCGAUGUGCGUAUCAAGAAUGGUGAAGUGCGAAGCCUGCAGAGCGAAUUGGAUACCUUGACGGCAACGCUCAAGCAGCUGGAAAAUCAACGUGGCGAGGCACAGAAACGUCUCGAUGAUCUUCAGGCUCAAGUUACCCAAAAUCUGGCCGUGUUGGCCAACGUAAGUCUUGACAUAACCCGCACCAGCAAUCAGGUGACUAAGAUACGGGAUCAGUGUCACAAGCAAGAGGAGACCAUCAACGAACAGGAAGGUGAGCUAAAUGCCAAGCGCUCAGAGCUGCAGAAGCUCAAGGAUGAGGAGUCAUCUCUACAAAAGGAAUACGAUAACAACAAUCGAGAGCUGUCCAAGCUAACAAAACAUCUGCAGAACACGCAGCUGCAAAUUAGUUCGGUACGCUCUAUGGUCACCCAGCUGAUGGAAACACAGCGGCAGAUGACGGAUGCCUUGCUCAUUUGUCGCGCUGCCAUGGAGAAUCAAAAUGCUGAUCUCGUCUCGGAAUAUCAGCUGAAAAUCGAGCCAGACUUUGAUGAUGCGCGCAAAAUAAUGCAAAAAGAAGUCGAAAUGCCCAAAGAUGAUCCAUUCCAGGAGAACAACAGCGGUGCUGCCAACAAUGCUACCAAUGGCUUUGACAACGAUCCCUUCAGCGGGCAGGUUAGCAAGCCAACGCCCGCUAUCACCGGCGGCUUUGAUGAUAGCUUCAAUAUGAGUUCCGGCUUUGACAGCGGCUUCGAUGCCUUUGGUCAGAGCGGUGGUAGCGGAUUUGGGCAAACGCAACGCGAUCCGUUUGGUGGCGAUGCGUUCGGCGCAAACAAAUCAAAUGCCAUAACGCCAGAGCCUGGCAAGGAUGAUUUUGGCAGUGAUCCGUUUGCAGCGCUACACGCACCCACGGGUCAGGGUCAGGUGCUCAGUCCCAAUGCGCAACGUUCUGGCCCACCACCCAGACCAGAAUCACCUAGUCCAGCUUUGCCACCAAAGAAAUCCAAGGUGCCGCCACCUAGACCAGCUCCACCACGCGCAUCACAGCCUACAGGCGGCUUCGGCGCUGGCGGUGGAGGCGGAGGAUUUGCUGAUUUUGACGACUUUGACAAUAAGCUACAAAACAUUCCAAUCGGUAACCCAAAUACAACCACGCCCACUCCGGCGUUAAAUGCCACGCUGCUCGAUAGCUUCUCGCUGUUUGAUGAUCCUCAAAGCCAGAGUAAGGCAGCCAGCACUAGUACACCAACACUGCCAACACUGCACCCACAAGCCUCCUCCCACACACUGCUAACGACAUCAUCGGCAUCGGCAUCGGCAUCGACAUUGGCAUCAGCAUCGACAUCAACAUUGACAUCAGUAUCAGCAUUAGCAUCUGCAUCAGCCUCCACAGCAAUCAGCACAAAUAACCAACAUUUGUCGCGUUCCAAUACACCGCUGCAGACACAGGCCACAACGGGAAAGGCAAUGGGAACGGGAAGCGGAUCAGCAUCAUUAGCGGGCCUCUUUGAUGCCUUUGGCGGCGGCAGCGGUAGCGGCACCGUCAGUAGUAGCAAACCGGCUGUCACGCCAGUUCCUGCUGUUAUACAAGGACCGACAGACUUUAAGGAUGAUCCCUUUAAAGACUAUCGCUACGAGGAUCCAUUCAAUAUCAAAGAUCCCUUUGCAGACGACGAUGAGAGCACGUCUGCAGGUGAAGCCAGCAAGAAGAACUUUGCCGAGGACUUCAGCUCGGAGGAUGAGCUCCCCUCCAAAGCUGUUCCGAACAAUAACAAGUCAAAGACGGCCACACCGCUCAGCAGCGAAUUGUUGCAACAAUUUGAUGCAUUCAAUAUGAAUGCCAGUCCUGCACCUUCACAUCAAUCGGCCACAUCAAAUCCGAAAGCACUGGAUGCUUUUGCCGACUUUGAUGACUUUGCGCUGGAUAAACCGGCAGACGCUGGUGAGGCGACAAAAGGAGCCACGAAAGCAAAUCUGAACAAACUCAAUGAUUCCUUUUUUAAUGCAUUUAAUGACAAUUUCAAUGACAACAACUUGAACGUUAACAACUCCAGAAACAACGAACAAACUAAGGUCAAGUCAAAUGUGGCUGCUUUUGAUGCAUUCGCUGUUCAGAGCUCAACGACUAAACCGGACGCAAAACUCUUUGAUGCAUUCAAUGAUAACUUUGAGGACAGCUUUGGACCUGCUAAGCCUGCAAACUCGACCACACUGGAUAAUAACUUUGCUAAAUUUGAUGCUUUCGAUGCUCACAACUUCUCCAACGACUUUGGCAAAAGCCUUGACGACAGUAAUGCAAACAAGAGCAAACACAAUGGCAGUGGAAGUGCCAGUAAGAAAAGCAAGGAAUCCCUGACCAAAAAAGAUAAUGAAAAGUUUGCAGCGGACUAUUCAAAGCCCGAGAGCUAUGACGCCGAUCUGGAGGAGGCACUAAAGCGCAGCAUGCUCGACAAUUGAAUCACUUCGCUACCCAAAGCAGAUAUUAAUGUGAUGUUGCAUACGAACAAUCUUUCUAUUAGCGACUUGCAUGUCCGCACUAAACAGCUAUAUAUUAAUUAGUAUAGCUAAACUGCGUUUUAAAGCAACUUUCCAAACUGUACAAUAUGAAUGCUUUCAAUUCUUAUAGUUUAUUUGGUGGCUACAAUAUUGCAAUAGUCAUCAUGUAUCAAUACAUAUAUAUUCCCUAGUGUAUACAAUGCAGAAACAUUGAUUGUCUAAUGCGAAAGCAAACAAACCGAAAAUGCUGGUAUUAUAUUCAUUAUAUCAUAUUUAAUAGUUUAAAUGUAAUCGACAUACUCGUUAACGUGUUUCUAAUAACGCGUUUGCGUUAUGUAUGUACACCAAAACUCUAUGAAUAAACCAAGAGCAAUAUAUUAAACGCCUCUC